AUGACUCCCAUCAAGCUGCUGGUGCAGCCUACUCAGAGUCUCGAAGGCCGAACGUACGCGGAGUAUGAAUCUGUGAACGAAUGCAUGGAAGGCAUCUGUAAGAUGUACGAAGAGCACCUGAAGCGGAUGAACCCCCUUAGCCGGUCCAUCACUUAUGGCGUCAGUCAGUUGUUUGAGUUUAUCGACCAUCUGGUGAACCUCAGCUGCCUGGUGUUUCGAGAAGAUACCCAGACCUACAAGGCUUACAACCGAGAGUGGAUCAAAGAGAGGAUCUACAUGCUCCUCAGUCAGCAGGCACAACCAGCAGAGACAUAG